AGAAUUGAAAUAAGACAAGAAAACCAGUCUCUGGGUUCUGCUCGUAUCUCCAUCCUUUUUAUUCAAACCACCACCGAUCUCCGCCGCCCCCGCCGCCUGCCGCCGGGGGAAAUCCGUGACCUUUCUCUAAAAACAAAAGAUAUUUUUCCUCAAAGACUUCCUUUUCUGAGGUUUAUAUUUUUGAAUGCAUCUAUUCUGAUACUUCAACUUAUCUGGCUGGGUUACAGCCAAUCCCUAAUUGGACUCUAGAUUAUAUGCGACCAUGGAGCUUCUGUAUUAGUAGAUGUCCUUUUUCUUUAUUGUCCAUCUCUUUGUGCUUGAGAGCCGAUAUGCAGAAUAGUGGGAGUCUGUCCAAGCAUAGUUCUUUGCGACUGACGACUCAGCAGUCACUUCAUCGUCUCGGCCUUUGUUCUCAAGUUUCAACGGCACGACAAACAUCACCUAUUGUCUUUCCAGAAAAACGUAAUAGUAGAGGGAAGACCACAAAAUGUGGAGAACUCAGUGUCGGCAAUGAUGAUCCAAAUGGGGCUAAGAGGACAGAACACAGGAUUGAUGUUGGAGAUGAGAAAUCUGAUUUACUUGGAUAUGAACUGUUCACUGGUAAACUUUCCCUCGACAAAACUAAAUCCAGUAAGGACUAUGAGCUACAAACUUUGGAGAAUUCCAACUCAGACGCAGUUAAUGCUAAACUGACAAGCAAGGCACUGAUUUGGGGUUCUAAGAUGUUGCAUCUGGAUGAUGUGAUUUCGUUGUCCUACUGUGUGGGGCUCAGACAUUUUACUGUCCAUUCAUAUCCACUUAGAAAGGGUUCAUGCUUUUUGAUGAAAAGUGGGAGAAGUCGGAAGGACUUCCGAUUUUUUGCUUCCACCCCUGAGGAUGCAAUCCAGUGGGUCAAUGCCUUUGCAGAUCAGAAAUGCUAUGUGAAUUGCUUGCCUCACCCUAUGGCUUCUAAGAAGCAGAAUUUGGAUUCAAUUUUCAAUGAGUUUCCACCCGAGUCAUAUAUUAGAUGUAAAAGUCCACCCAAAAUGCUUGUCAUUUUAAACCCUCGUUCUGGUCAUGGCCGUUCAAGCAAAGUUUUCAAUACAUUGGUAGAACCUAUAUUUAAACUUGCGGGAUUUGAGUUAGAGGUUGUCAAAACAACAUCGGCAGGUCAUGCUAGAAAGCUUGCAGCCAGUGUUGAUUUCACUACAUGUCCUGAUGGUAUUAUAUGCGUAGGAGGAGACGGAAUCAUAAAUGAGGUUUUGAAUGGAUUACUUAGUAGAGAGAACCAGAAAGAAGCAAUUUCAAUCCCAAUUGGAAUCAUACCUGCUGGGUCUGAUAAUUCUUUAGUUUGGACGAUACUUGGAGCCAGAGAUCCCAUAUCUGCAGCAAUUACAAUUGUUAAGGGCGGUCUUACUGCAACUGAUGUUUUUGCUGUGAAGUGGAUCCAUACUGGAGCUAUUCACUUUGGGAUGACUGUUACAUACUUUGGUUUUAUUAGUGAUGUAUUGGAGUUCUCCGAGAAAUUCCAGAAGCGGUUCGGCCCUUUGCGCUAUUUUGUUGCUGGUUUUCUCAAAUUUUUCUGCUUGCCCAAGUACAAUUAUGAAGUGGAAUAUCUUCCAGCACGAAUUGUCUCUGGAGAUGGAAAAGCUUCGGAUGGCCAUGAAAUCGUUGACAUGUCAGAGCUCUACACUGAUAUCAUGCGUAAAUCAGGAAAGGAAGGUCUUCCUCGGGCCUCCAGCUUAUCAAGUAUCGAUUCAAUAAUGACCCCAAGCCGAAUGUCUGGAAAUGAUUUUGACAUGACCUGCAGUACCACUGAGCCAUCAGACUAUGUGCGAGCAAUAGAUCCAAAGUCGAAACGACUCUCAGCUGGUAGAAGCAACGCAACAGCCGAGCCAGAAGUCAUUCACCCUCAGCCGCCACAUUCUGUUACUCCAAACUGGCCGAGGACGAGAUCCAAGUUGAGGACGGAUAAAGGCUGGGCUGGUACAAUUACCAUAAGUAAUCCCACUAGAAGUUCCUGGGGCAAUGCGACGUAUGAUAAAGAAGAUAUCUCUUCGACAUUGUCAGACCCUGGUCCAAUUUGGGAUGCUGAGCCUCGAUGGGAUUCGGAGCCUAACUGGGACGAACAACCUAUUGAAUUGCCAGGGCCGCCUGAGGGCAGCGAAGCUGUGGAGAAAAAGGAAAUCACCCCCAAUCUGGAAGAGAAUUGGGUGGUUGCUAAAGGUCAAUAUCUAGCUGUCCUUGUUUGCAAUCAUUCGUGUAAAUCCGUCCAGAGUGCGCAGGUUGUGGCGCCCAAGGCCGAGCAUGAUGACAAUACCUUGGACCUUUUACUGGUUCGUGGAGGCGGACGAUUUAAGCUGCUGAGAUUCUUUUUGCGUCUGCAGAUGGGCAGUCACCUUUCCUUGCCAUAUGUCGAAUAUAUUAAGGUGAAGUCCGUUAAAAUUAAACCUGGGAAGCACACACACAAUGGAUGUGGCAUUGAUGGUGAGCUGUUUCCAGUCAACGGGCAGGUGCUCUGCUCGCUACUUCCAGAACAAUGCAGGCUCGUUGGCAAUCCAUCGUCUCGUAUCCUUUGAUCCGCAUUGUCAAGGUAUGGAAAAUCCUCUUACCUAGUGGUGCAGAAGUGAAGAGGUGAAAAGGCGAUGCUUGAGAGGCUUCGUUUGUCUUGGUGCCCGCUUGUUUUUUCAUUUGACAGAGUUUGAGGUCGUUGUAGAUUUUUGUCGAUGCUCCAUUCUUUAUAAAUUAACUCUCACUAUAUCGCGUCGUGUGAAUCCUUGUCCAGUUGACCGGAGACAUGCAUAUGCCCGCGAAGCUAAUGUGUCCUACCGAAUGUAGCCCUUGAUCAUUUUAUCUCAUGUAUUGUACAUCAAAUUGAUUCACACUCCAGAGUUGAUCUUGUGUGUAUUUUUCUUUCCUAUUUUUUUUUUCUUAAAUGCCUUGUGCUGUAUAGAUGUGUUUAGGACCUGUGAUAUUUGUAUUAUAUCAUAUUUGACAUUUCCAUUUUGAUGAACUGCCAAAUUUAGUCGAA